AUGGGCAUGCUUGACUUUAGGAAACGGAAGGAGGAAGAGGAGACGGCGCCCGUGUCGAUCUCCGAAAUGGAUGCGGCCGUUGUUGCUCCGGCGAGCGAGAAGAUGGUCACACUCUCGGUUGCUGCCUGUGGUGCCGGUCUCUUCUCGGACGGCUAUGUCAACAACGUGAUCGGCUCCGUCACCACCGUCCUCAGCUUGCGCUAUGGCAACACCUGGAAGCAUUCGCACGCCAAGAGCGUCGUCAGUGCCAUCGCUUUUGCCGGCACCGUCGUUGGACAGCUCUUCUUUGGCGUCCUUGCCGAUCGCUGGUCGCGCACCAACUCUCUGCUGGUGUCCACUGUCAUCCUGUUCAUCUUCACUGCCCUGGCCGCCGGCUCGUACUUUCAUGGCUCUGUCGUCGGCAUGUUCAACAUCCUGACCGCAUGGCGCUUCUUUGUCGGCAUCGGCAUCGGCGGCGAGUAUCCUGCCGGCAGCGUGGGCUGUGCCGAGGCUACGGGCGAGAUCAAGAGCGGCUGGCGCCAUUUCAUAUUCAUCAUCUUCACCAACAGCCUGAUCGACGUCGGCUUUGUCGCCGGUGCCUUUGUGCCUUACGUCGUUGCUGCCGCCUGUCACAACGAGCAUCUCGACACUCAAUGGCGCACGAUGCUUGGAAUCGGCUGCGUUUUCCCCUUCCUCCUCUUUUUCAUGCGGAUUUUUGCCAAGGAGCCGGAGGAGUUUACCCGCAACUCCAUGCGCAACGUCCGCACUCCAUAUUGGCUGGUCUUCCGCUUCUACGGCUUCCGUCUACUGAUUGUCAGCCUCAUCUGGUUCAUCUAUGAUUUCCUCACAUACGCCUUCGGUAUCUACUCGUCGGCCAUCCUGUCCAACAUCUUCGACUCCGAUGCUCCUCUGACGACCGUCUUUGGCUGGAAUGUCGUGAUCAACCUGUUCUACUUGCCAGGCUCUAUUCUGGGCGCCAAGGCGAGCGAUGUUCUCGGCCCUCGCUGGUGCCUCAUAAUCGGUGUCUUUCUGCAGGCCAUUAUCGGCUUCGCUAUGGCCGGUGACUACAAGAACCUGUCGCAGCCGCACAUGGUUGGCGCCUUUGCCACCGUUUACGGCAUCUUCCUUUCGCUGGGCGAGUUUGGCCCCGGAAACAACAUCGGCCUGCUGGCCGCCAAGACUUCUGCUACCGGCAUCCGUGGUCAGUACUACGGCAUCGCCGCCGCCUUCGGCAAGAUCGGUGCCUUUGUCGGCACCUACGUCUACCCCUACAUCGAGAAGGCUGGCGGCAGCGAUACCAACGCCUCUGCCCAGUACCCUUUCUAUGUCAGCUCGAGCCUGUGCAUCCUGUCCGCCAUUCUUGCUCUUCUGUUUCUGCCCAACGUCGGCCAGGACACCAUCGCCCUGGAGGAUAUUCGUUUCCGUGAAUACCUCGAGAAGAACGGCUGGGACACUCGCCAACUGGGUAUGCGCAUGGGUGAGAGCAUCGAUGUGAUCGAGAAUGCCGAGGGCGUGCCGGAUUCCAAAGCGUAG